UUUCCGAGCCUUGUGGGUUUAAGAAGUCGAUGUUUACGGCGGCGAUUAAGAGGAGGGGGUGGUGAUUUUUGUCUGUGGUGAAGGUGGAAUGUUUGUUUUUCUUUUCUUGAUCCUUUUGGCUGGAGCAAUUUGCUUACCCAUUGGCAUGAUUUUAUACCUUUCCAUUAGUUUCGGCGUACAAAUACUGUUAUUGUAUAUACUUCUUCCCUUCUGCAUGCCCCCCGUGAUUUUCUAUUCCCCUCUUGUUAUACACAUUCAAGCAAGUACGCACCUUGGAUACUGUAUAAAGGUGCGAGAUGCUUUAUGCCUCAAUGAGUUCAAACCUGUUCGUAAUCAAAACCAGUAUUUAUUGACUCCAUCGAGUUAUCAAUCAGGAUCAAAAGACCACAAUACAACCAAGGAAAAUCAGGUAACAUUCUCGAAUCGAUCACAAGCAGAAACACAUAAGAGGAAUUAGACACAAAUAUUGAAAGGAAAUGAACACCAUCCAUCCAUACGCUGAAGAAUUUUAAGAAAGAGAAG